AUGAGGCGCUUGUGGGGCGCGGCCGGGGAGCCCGGGAGCACCGGCGGGGGUGGGGCGCGGGUGGGGACGCAGCAAGAGACGCCCGGGGCGGGCCGAGCUGGCCCGGGGCAUCGCGGAAGGGAGGGGCGGGCGGCGCCCGGCUGGGCUGCCUGGCCGGCUCCCCUCGCUCUGGCGGCGCGCCCUGCCCGGGACUCAGGAGGGGGAGCCGGCCCGCGGCCUUGGGAUUCCCAGACCGCCCCCUCCCGCUCCCGGGCCUGCGGCGAGUGGCAGAGACGGCUGGAGCCGCAGCGGCAGUAUGAAAGCCGGUGCCGUCCUUCCACGCCCGCGGACGCGCGGCGGGCGGCGGCGGCGGCGGCUCUGCCUGCGCGCGCCAUGGGGGCGCCGUGGGGCUCGGUGGCGGGCGGGCGGCGCAGAGGCCGGGGGCUGCCGUGGACCGCCUGGGCGCUGGCGGCCGCCGGCCUGCUGUGUACCGCGCUGUUCGCCUACGCCUGCUGGGAGCAGCUGCCGCCGCUGCCCUGGGGAUCCCCCGCCCCGUCGCGGCCGGUGGGCGUGCUGCUGUGGUGGGAGCCCUUUGGGGGGCACGGCGGUGCCACGAGGCAGCCCCCCGACUGCCGGCUGCGCUUCAACAUCAGUGGCUGCCGCCUGCUCACCGACCGCGCGGCCUACGGAGAGGCUCAGGCUGUGCUUUUCCACCACCGUGACCUCGUGAAGGGACCCCCCGACUGGCCCCCGCCCUGGGGUGCCCAGGUGCGCAUCGCAGAGGAGCUGGAGCUGCGCGUUUUAGACGACGAGGAGGAAGCGGUGGCGGCGGCGAAAGCUGUGGCGACGGCGGGCCCCAGACCCCCGGGCCAACGCUGGGUGUGGAUGAACUUUGAGUCGCCCUCCCACUCCCCGGGACUGCACAGCCUGGCCGGUGACCUCUUCAACUGGACGCUCUCCUACCGGGCCGACUCGGAUGUCUUCGUGCCUUAUGGCUACCUCUACACCAGGAGCCACCCCGGCGACCAGCCCUUAGGCCUGGUCCCACCGCUGGCCCGGAAACGCGGGCUGGUGGCCUGGGUGGUGAGCCACUGGGACGAGCGCCAGGCCCGGGUCCGCUACUACCACCAGCUGAGCCAGCACAUAUCCGUGGACGUGUUCGGCCGGGGCGGGCCAGGGCAGCCGGUGCCCGACAGCGGGCUCCUGCACACAGUGGCCCGCUACAAAUUCUACCUGGCGUUUGAGAACUCGCAGCACCUGGAUUACAUCACGGAGAAGCUCUGGCGCAACUCGUUGCUCGCCGGGGCGGUGCCGGUGGUGUUGGGCCCAGACCGUGCCAACUACGAGCGCUUCGUGCCCCGCAGCGCCUUCAUCCACGUGGACGACUUCCCUAGUGCCGCUUCCCUGGCCGCCUAUCUGCUCUUCCUGGACCGCAACCCGGCGGUCUAUCGCCGCUACUUCAGCUGGCGCCGGAGCUACGCCGUGCACAUCACCUCCUUCUGGGACGAGCCUUGGUGCCGGGCCUGCCAGGCCGUGCAGAUGGCUGGGGACCGGCCCAAGAGCAUACGCAACCUGGCCAGCUGGUUUGAACGGUGAAGCUGCCCUUCUCCGGCAGCGACCCAGGGAGGCCAAGAUGUGGCCUUUUUUUUUUUUUUUUUUUACUGUGCAUCUCCUUGACUGCCAAAUAAUGGGACUAAGUUCUCCAAACACCCGUUUUUGCUCUAUAGGAAAAAGGUGAUUUACCAAUUAAUAUUAUUCAGUUUUGCACGACAAGCAGUUGGGUUCCCUCUGCUGUUGAUGGCCAUCAUUCAGGGGUGAAGAACCGGGCCCUUCCGCACCUUGUGCCCAGUGCGGAGAUGAAGAACUAGCUUAGCUACAAAAAGCCAUUGAGGCGGUUUCUUUGAAUUUCCUUGUCCGCCACAGGUAGUAUUUGUGGCCUGCGCAGCCUCCAAAUCUCAAACACACUGCUCCUUGACUCACAUUUCCCUGGACCAAGGUGAAGCAAACCGUGGUUUUAGAAAGAGCCUUGUUGCCUGCCAGUAGUUGAAGGACUGUGCCCACAAAUGGGUCUUUUUCUGUUGUUUGGAUUUCUCAAAGCCUUGGGUCCGGAGAAAGGUGAGGAGGGUGGUCCAAAAAGCCAUUGACUUCCUUAACAAGUACAAUUUGUGCCCCUGCCCUAUGAAUGGAAACAAGAUGCUGGAUUGUCGUUGGAGGAGAGUUAAGAUGAACUUAUGGGUUUACCUCACUUACACAUAAAUGUGUCCCUGCAAAACUGCAUUUAAAUCAAAUCCCAAAUUCCGUGACCUAGGAAGUUUAGUAUUUAAUGGAACCCUAUGGAGACUCCCUUUACAAUGUGAAUACUCAUCUCCUAAUUUAUUUCUUCUGUCUUUAUGUUUUUCUGUAACCUGGAUUUUUUUUUAAAGCACAUUAAGACUUACAGAGAUGAAAAUAAAGCAGAAGCAAGCUUCUCCCCUCUUGCCAGAAAACCAACCUGUGUUUGCAAACAGAAGAAGGAAGCCACAAUGUCACUUCCACAAAAUUAUCUAUUACAUGUCUUUACUGGACCCAAAAUUUAGACUGGAAUGUCAGUCCUUCAGGGCUGCUGGCAUUACCUGUCUGCAGAACAGUGAAAUAGGUUAUACUGCAUUGUGGAAUCAUGUCAGAGGAAAAAAAGUUUUGUGGUGUCUGUUAGUGGCAGUAUUUGUUUCUCUCUGUCACUUUUUAGUUAAAUGUUUAGAUCUUAGGGAAUAAAACUAAAUUAGUGCCUACAAUUAACUUACUCGUCUCUUGUUAAAAGCUAAAUCUGCAGUUCUGUCUGGUGCCAGCAGGCUCCCCUCCCACAUAGUAGUCCAGCAUAUCCUCACAUUUCUAGUGCCUGAGACGGGCUGUGGGACUGAUCUUAAAGAUACAUGCAUUGACUUGACAAGUUGUUGAAUGAGCAGCAUAUUCAACAGGUGUCACUGAGUGCCUCCUCUGUGCCAAACAUGUGGCUUGGAACCCUGGGGAAAAUAGAAAAAUGCAUAAGGCAAGGUCCUUGUCUUUAGGGUUCUUACAAUCCACCACUGCCAAAAAGUAAAUAGUGACCGAUAAACAAUUGGCAAUUUGAUUAAAGUGACAAUUCUUAGUGAUGCCACAAAUCAAUGAUAAGCCAGUUGAUUUAAAGCCUGAAAUAAUAAGAGUUUUCUCCUCAAUUUAUUAUAGGAAUCCACAGUGACUAGUUAUUGUGGGUAGGGUCCGAGAUUAGUUUUAUGCAGGAUUCUGCUGUAAACAGUAAUUUUGCAUUUGAUCAGUACAAUUAGCUAAGUCAUAAAGCAAGUUUUAACUCUAUGUGCAUUGUUGCAGACACACUUGAAAAACUUACUUAAAUCUAGGUGCUUCAAUUUUCUCUUUUCCUUAAAAGGAGAAAUUAUAAACAAAAGCUGUGGAUAAAAUUUCCUCAUUAAAGUGUUACAGUGUGGGCAGAAUUAGAAUUACAAAGUCCCAGCCAUCCAAUUAAGAUAAAAGAAAAGUUCUGUUCUUAGAAUGAUUUUUUAUGAGAUAUUUGCCAGUGAUCUUGGUCUUACUGGGAAUCUGCAUGGGGCAGUGAGAGACAGUUUAGGUUGUGAAGGUAAUCUAGUUUAGAUUUGAAUUCCAGCUACAUGACUGGCAAAUUAAUAAUAACCCUGAGCCUCUGCUUCCUCAUCUGUAAAAUGAGGGAGGAAAAUACUUCACAGUUCAUUGUGAGCGUUUCAGGAAAGAAGUGAAGGUGACUAACACCUAGCAGGCACCCAAUUGAUGAGAUGUACAUACAUAUUUUUUCCUUCUUUGCAGCGAUUUCAGAAUAUCCUCAUAUCCAUUUAUAUGCCUAAAAUUAAAUCUCAAGGAAUAUUAUACAAUAAAUCUGAAAUAAAAAGGAAGGUGCCUCAUACUGUGUAUUUCAAAUGAAUCCCUAAAGCUAAGCCAUAUUUCAAGAAUCAUCAUUACCAUUUAGAUUAAGCUUGAAUUUGCAGAGUAGGAAGAAGCAACUAUACUUUCCUUGAAAAGAAUUUUGUUUUGGUAAAGCUAUAUAGUUAAAUUAGUAUCUAUUAUU